GUUAGGUUGUGCCAAAUAUGAGUAAAAAAAGAGUUGCUGUUAUUGGUGCUGGGGCCAGUGGUUUGACUGCCAUCAAAUGUUGCUUGGACGAAGAUUUAGUUCCCGUGUGCUUCGAAAAAAGUCAUGACAUUGGAGGUCUAUGGAGAUUUGAAGAAGACACGAAAGAAGGAGCAACCGUAUAUCGCUCAACUUUUAUCAAUACAAGCAAAGAAUUAAUGUCAUUUUCAGAUUUUCCACUUCCAAAAGAAGCUCCAAAUUACAUGCACCAUUCAAAGGUCAUGCAAUAUUAUAGGGAUUACGCCAACAGAUCAAUGUUGCUUAAAUACAUAAAAUUUAGAAUUCUAGUUUGUAACCAAUUUGAAAAAGAGACUGACAAUGCCAUUUAUGCACAAUGGCGUGUCAAAACUAGGAAUAUAUUAAAUGAUGAAAUAAAUGAAGAAAUAUUUGAUUUCGUUCUUGUUGCUGUUGGUCACCACGCUUCACCUCAUUUCCCACUCUCUCAAUUCCCUGGAGCUGACAAAUUUCAGGGACGAAUAUUACACAGUCAUGAUUACAGAGAUUUCAAGGGUUUUGAAAAUAAGAAAGUUGUUGUUCUUGGUAUGGGUAACUCUGGUGGAGAUAUUGCCGUGGAAUUAAGCUGGCAUGCAAAACAGGUGUUUCUAAGUACACGCCGUGGUUCUUGGGUCUUCAAUAGAGUUGGACCGCAUGGAUAUCCAAUUGAUUUUCUUAUUACUACAAGAUAUCAAAACCUGUUGGACUGGUUAAUUCCCAAGAGCAUCACACAAAAAGCUGUGGAAAAAAUGUUGACUGAAAAAUUAGAUCAUGCCCAUUAUGGUUUAAAACCUGAACAUGGACCAUUUAACCAGCAUCCUUUUGUUAACGAUGAAUUACCCAACCGUAUUAUAAUCGGUUCAAUUGUGAUUAAGUCAAAUAUCCGAAGUUUUAAAGAACGUUCCGUUGUGUUUGAUGAUGGGACAGAAGAAGAAGCUGAUGUCGUCAUAUUUGCAACUGGAUUUGUUUUCGAGUUCCCUUUUUUACAUGAAUCAAUUGCCCAUGUAAAUGGUACAGAUGCUCAGCUGUACAAAUACAUGUGGCCAUUAUCAAUGAAGAGAAACACAUUAGCCAUCAUAGGACAUGUACAAGUGCUUGGAGCUGUGAACCCUGUAUCAGAGAUGCAGUGUCGUUGGGCCACAAGGGUGUUUAAAGAUAUAGUACAACUUCCAUCGGAUAGAGAAAUGAUAAAAGAUAUUGACAAAAAAAGAAAGGCUAUGAAACGAAAAUAUUACAACAGCCAAAGGCAUACUAUCGAGGUACCUCACAUUGACUAUAUGGAUGAGAUUGCCCUCAAGAUUGGAGUAAAACCAAACCUGUUUUCCUUGUUUUUCACUGAUUACCAGCUUGCAAAAAAGAUUUUUUAUGAAAUAAGUUCUGCAUAUCAAUACCGCUUAGUUGGUGCUGGUAGAUGGGAAGGGGCACGAAGGGCAAUCAUGGAACAAAAACAGCGCAUGUUGCACCCCUUGCACACACGGCCCUUACCCAACAAGACCAUAAAAGGAAAGAAGAGACCAGUUUUGAUUCGACGUUUUUUAUGGGUUGUUGUAUUAAGUAUGGCAUCAUAUUAUGCAUAUACACGUUACAAGUAAAAAAUACCAAAAUACCAUUUUCGUAAAAAAGAUUAAUUUUUGUUUUACAUUGAUUACUUUAAUUGCUAUUAUUAUGUUUUUAAACCAGUGUUAAUUGUGGUUUGUUUGUAAUGAUAAUCAAAAGUGAUAUAUGUAGUACAUAAUUAAUAAUUCUAUAUAUUGAUUGUAAUAACUUUUUAUAUAUAACUUGCAAUUUAAAUAUCAAUUCUUUGUAUGUGUAAUAUUUUAUGUUGGUACGUACUGAAACAUAGGUAGAAAAUUAUGGCCAUUGUUUUGUUGCUAAUUUCCUUUUCUUCGUUGUUUUAAUUAAUCUAAUCUUUUUAUGCUGUAGUGUGUGAAUAGAAUCAUGUUUUUUUAAACUGCCUUUUUUAAAUCGUUUUGUUGAAUCUGCUCUAAAAAUCUUUUAUAAUAAGAUGAUUUUCACAUAACUGAUUUUCUGCCUACAACAUAGGGCAACAAGGUGCAACAUACCUUUGCUAGAUGCACCGUUAAAAUCAGAUCUGUCCUGGAUUUUUAUUAAGAUUUGUUUUUUUAUCUUUUUAAUUCUGUACACUGAUCGUCUUUGUGAAACUACCUAUCUUGUAACCUUCAUUAUAAAGUUACUCAAUUAUCCCGAAGGAUAAUAACGAUGAAAAA